UAACCUUUAGUGUCCUCCUCAUGCCACUCAGGAUAAAAGGCUCAUUUCAUUGAAACGUGGCAUUUCUUGCUAAAACUCUCACGAUGCUGCAGCUGUUGACAUUCCUGGUGGAGAAGUUCUCUCUUCUCUUCCAUCUCCAACUUUUUGAAUCCAGCUGCGUGGAGGAACGGGAUCGGGAGCGUCCCGUGCAGCGCGCUUCACAUCCGCCUCUCCGUAGGGGAGACCUGCUAGAAGUCCCCAGAACACUUUUCACACACUUCGGGAUUUAUGUAGGUGACAAUAAGGUAGCUCACCUUAUCCCUGACAUCCUUCCAGUACUGACCAACAACAACAAGCUCAUCAGUUCUGUGAUUACAAAUAACAGACUCAUCGUCGGCUGCAUGUACAGGUGUGCCACCGUACGAGUGGACACGCUGGAGGACUUUGCCUAUGGCUCGAGCAUCCGUGUUAACUACUUGGACAAGAUGAUGAAGACGCAGCCUUUGCCCAGUGACUCUGUCGCGCAGAGAGCUGAGAAACUCAUUGGAGCGUUUCCAUACAGUCUUCUGUGGAAUAACUGUGAGCAUUUUGUGACGCACUGUAGAUAUGGAUCUGCAAAAAGUCAGCAAACAGAAAAGUUCUGUGAGUGCCUGAAAUUAAUCAUCAGAGACCAGCGCAGCAUCAUCAUCACAGUGCUUCUUGGAAUUAUCUCUAUUGUUUGGUUUGGUAUGGUCCCCUCAACUACAUUACCCACCAUUCUGAUUCCCUUCACACUGUGGAUGGCUGGUUGAAGGGACUCAACACAAACAACCUGUGAAGAAACUGAUCUGUAACUCAGCAACUGACUGACUGAGAAGCUCAUAAUUAUACACUCUUGAAACGUGGUGCCUUAUGGUAUGUUGUUUAAUGCUGUAGUUUCUUCUAUCUUCAGCAGUGGGUGAUGAAAAAUGAAAUAUUUUAUGUAA